AUGGAAUUACUUCAUACAAUACUUCAAAAUUUUAACACCAAUAAACUUAUUAAAAUUGCAAUUGACGGAUAUGCAGCAGUUGGAAAAACAUCAGUUGAAGAAGCAAUUGCGAAUCAAUAUGGUUAUCAGUUUAUUGAUUCUGGGUUAUUUUAUCGAUAUGUGAGUUAUUAUCAUAAUAAUUACUCAAUUGACCAAAUCAAGCAAAUCUUCGAUGAAGAACAGAUAUUGAAAUUGAUUAAUUCUAUCAAACAUCUUAAUAAAGAACAAUAUCAGGAAUCAGGAAUUAGAGCAGCUCAGAUAUCAGCGAAUAAUGAAUUACGUGAUAUUAUAAAUGAAACAAUUAGAAAAAUAGUCAAAAGCAAAGGAUUUGUUGUAAUUGGUUAUGAUAUCACCACACUCUGUUUACCUGAUGCUGAAGUAAAAAUAAUUUUAUCAGCAGAUGUCGAGACUCGUGUAGCUCGACGUGCUUUUCAAACAAAUUUAAAAGAUUAUAUUAAUAUUUUCAACAAUAUUUUAGAACGAGAUGUAAUAUCUCAAUCAUUAAUUAAACAAGCAUAUAAUGUCUCAUAUGAGAUUGAUACAACCAAAUUAACAUUAUCUGAAGUUGUCGAUAUGAUUUUAAUUCAAGUGUUUAAGAAGAUACUUG